AUGUCUGCCUUAUUCAACUUUCAGUCACUUCUCCUUGUGUUCCUGCUUAUUAUUUGCACAAGCACUUAUGCGCACUCCAUCAUGCCAGGAAUCAUGGACCGCAACCAGCGUGGGUUCUUCGGGAUAUUCUGGAAGUGCGCUCGGAUUGGAGAACGUCUAAGCCCGUACGUUAGCAUUUGCUGCGUACUGAUGGCGGUCUCAAUUUUCUUUGGUGGCUGA